AUAUGUCUAUGUCUAAACAAGUAGCUCUUUCUUGCCGUUCGGGUUAUCGGUACCCGACUUUAAUUGUCUUGCCUUGGCGAAAGUGGGUAGUACGGGACGACGACGUGCGUGCGCGUGACCUUUUGACUCUUCCGUAGGCGCCUCUGAAAAAGGUGCGAGUCGUUUCGCUUAUUGCAUUUUACAAUGGGUAUACCUGCAUAUGUAUGAGAAUAGAGGAUAAUAAAAUAACUCAAAACUCUAGAAAAAGCAUCCACAAAAGUAAAAGCAGUAGCAACUAAAAACUUUCCAGUCUCAGCUAACCAGUCCAAAUCAGCUAUGUUGUUUUUAGCACGGCUUUGGGAGUGUCGAAUGCGUUAACUGAAGCUGAAACAUACUGUGCACUAUCGAGACUCACUGUAGUGCCCAUAUGCAAAUCAAAUUGCUACCAUUUCCACAGCGAUUGCUUUUCGUGACAGCCCCCUCUUUCUAUCGCACUUAGUUCAGUGAACCGACACAUUCCCUGGUUUCGUUCCGAGCAGCAUCCUCUGUCUCUCUUGCGCAGCCUCUCUCGCCGCCCCCUCUGCCUAAGCCUCUGUUUCUGCUGUCCACACCCCUUACCAAGGUGCCUUGUAAAUGGCGGAGCCGGCUUAGGGGGUGGCAAUGCCGUGCUUUUAACCCUUAUUGGUGGCAAAUUGCGCUCGUACAUUUAGAGAAACUUCCGUUCUACGUUUCGUUUUGCUUCGUUUCGCCAAGCGAAGUAUUACAACUUGUUUGGCUAAGGGUGGGUCUACCGUCUAUUGCUCAUUUAUGGUGUUUUGAUGCAUUCUCAAGGGGUGCGGGCUGCUUUCUCGCAUGUCCUGACCCCUCAACCCUCUGUUCUCCGCAUUACGUAACUGGGCGGGGUGCACAGCGCCACAAACUCUUAUGGAGAGAGCGGUGUAAUAAUUUGCCAAAAGGAGAGGAGGGGACGCAAGAGCGGCUACAACGCACAGCCGUGCCAGAAAGUCCUGCGCUCGCCCCAGAAGCAUCCUGUUCCUGUGACGCAGCGGAUCUGGUCUCGCGUUCGCUCCACUACCUCCACAUCCUACACCUACAGUACACAUAUCACAUGAACUUUAAACUAGUGAACGGAUUAAUUAAGAACGAAUCACAAAACAAAAGCUCGCUAAUCGCGCCGACACAGCAGAAGCGUAAAUUCAGAAAAGUUUAGUUCUUCAGUGCCGAAGUGGACUUCAUCAUGGCAAAUACCGGAGCUGGCGGCGGAGUGGACACACAGGCACAGCUAAUGCAGAGUGCAGCGGCAGCCGCAGCAGUGGCGGCAACAAACGCGGCCGCCGCUCCCGUACAGAAUGCAGCCGCCGUGGCGGCCGCCGCCCAGCUGCAGCAGCAACAGGUGCAGCAGGCAAUCCUGCAGGUGCAGCAGCAGCAGACACAGCAAGCGGUGGCCGCGGCCGCUGCCGCAGUGACCCAGCAGCUCCAACAGCAGCAGCAGGCUGUCGUGGCCCAACAGGCUGUAGUGCAGCAGCAACAACAGCAAGCGGCGGCGGUGGUGCAACAGGCGGCGGUCCAACAGGCUGUGGUGCCUCAGCCGCAGCAGGCGCAGCCCAAUACGAAUGGCAAUGCAGGAUCGGGAUCGCAAAAUGGCAGCAACGGCAGCACGGAGACGCGCACAAAUCUCAUUGUCAACUACUUGCCGCAAACGAUGACCGAAGACGAGAUCCGUUCGCUCUUUUCCAGCGUCGGCGAGAUUGAGUCGGUGAAGCUGAUACGCGACAAGUCGCAGGUCUACAUCGAUCCACUCAAUCCGCAGGCGCCCAGCAAGGGCCAAAGUCUGGGCUACGGCUUUGUUAACUAUGUCCGGCCGCAAGAUGCCGAGCAGGCUGUUAAUGUUCUAAACGGCCUGCGACUGCAGAACAAGACCAUAAAGGUGUCGUUUGCCCGCCCGUCGUCCGAUGCCAUUAAAGGCGCCAACCUUUAUGUGUCGGGGCUGCCGAAGACCAUGACCCAGCAGGAACUGGAGGCCAUCUUCGCACCAUUCGGAGCCAUAAUCACAUCACGCAUUCUGCAGAACGCCGGCAACGAUACGCAGACGAAGGGCGUAGGCUUUAUUCGAUUCGAUAAGCGGGAGGAGGCCACAAGGGCUAUCAUUGCCUUGAACGGCACUACACCAUCCAGCUGCACAGACCCGAUAGUAGUAAAGUUCUCCAAUACGCCCGGCAGCACCAGUAAGAUCAUUCAGCCGCAGCUGCCCGCUUUCCUCAAUCCGCAACUGGUGCGACGCAUCGGGGGCGCCAUGCACACGCCAGUUAACAAGGGCCUGGCCCGGUUUUCACCAAUGGCCGGGGACAUGCUGGACGUAAUGCUGCCCAAUGGAUUGGGAGCGGCGGCGGCGGCGGCCACAACGCUGGCCAGUGGGCCUGGCGGAGCGUAUCCCAUUUUCAUUUACAACUUGGCGCCGGAAACGGAGGAGGCUGCGCUGUGGCAGCUGUUUGGCCCAUUUGGAGCUGUGCAAUCGGUAAAGAUUGUAAAGGAUCCCACAACGAAUCAGUGCAAGGGCUACGGCUUUGUUUCGAUGACAAACUACGAUGAGGCGGCUAUGGCCAUUCGGGCGCUCAACGGCUACACCAUGGGCAAUAGGGUGCUGCAGGUCAGCUUCAAGACCAACAAAGCCAAGUAGAGCGGCCCAAAUGGAAGUGGAAAAAGACGCAGCGGGAGCACCAGCAUCCACAACCCAUUAUCUUGAAUCUAAACAACCUGACCACACAACACACAUAUAUAAAUAUGCAUGGUAUAACGGUAACUAAGCGCAACAAAACAGUAUGUGUACAACACACAAGAAAAACAAGAAAUUAGCAGGCAGGAGAAAAUACUCUUUCCACUAAACGACAACGAAACGGCGGAAAUCCCCCAAAAAAACACAAAUCUCCUCCCACAAUCCUCCCCAAAACCGCCGGCCAGAAGCGUUGCAAUAGAAAAAUUCUUCUUGUUUAGCAUUUAAGUAAAAAACAUUAACAAAACGAAGCGAGCAGAAGAAGUUAUAAGAUCGGGAGAAGCGAAUAAGGUAGGGGGUUGAGAAUGAACAAUGAGAUUUUAAGAAAUAAUAUUGCAAAAUGAAAACACACUGUGGCAGUGGCAGCUGUGAAAGGUCAAAGGUUGGCACAGUCAAGCUAGUCACAAAGCAAAACAAAGAAAUCAACCAAACAAACACAAAACACACAAAACGAAAACAAAUUUAACUUUAUUAGCAAAAAAAGAAAAUGAGAAAUUUUAAAAAUUUAUUAACUUUAAGUAAAACGCAGCAAUGAAAUCUUCCAAACAAAAGAAAGCAAAACAACAAAUCUGUUUGUUACACUUUAACUUUUUCUACCAUAAAAACUUUGAAUCUUGAUACUAAACCCAAAGCAGAAUUAAGAAAAUAGAGGAAUUCAGUGUCUACACUUUAUACAUAUACGGUGCUUACAGGACACCAGUUUGGCUUGAUCAAAGAGCGCAGGAUAAAAAGUAUUUGAGGGACAAUUAGGAGGAUCGCGCAUAUAAUAGAUAUAUAUGCAUAACAUGGAGGCUGCUACAGUAUUACAAGAAACAUAAACAUAAAAACUACAUACUUAAUAAACGAGCACGUUUAAUAAUUCUAAAAAUAUAUGUAUAUCCAUAUGUAUAUGCGAUAAUUCUAUGUCUGCUAGAUAUACAACUAAAUAUAGAAAUUUAAAGUGUUUUUUUUUUGUUUUGUAUUUGUUUUCUACACUCAGAAAACGAAACGAAUUCCGAUUGAAUCAAGCCAAACUCAUGUCCUAUAAACACAACCAAACUCAGUGAAAACUGAAGAAAAACAUAGAAACCAUAAAGAAUGAUUGACAGAAAGCUAGCGACGUGAAAACAAAAGUAAUACAAUAAUUUAUGCGCAAAUUUAAAAUGUUUUACUAAAGUAAAUAAUUGUUAGUGAAUAUUGAUACUGCAAAUGUGCGCGUGUGCACACAGGUGCCUGCAGAUAUAUAGUCCGCUAUGUAACGACGCAUGCUGGCGUAGGCACACCUUAUAUACUUUAUAUAAUGUAUAGUUCAAGGAGCAAGUAAGCAUAAACAAACAAAAAAAAACACUUGCUAAACCAAAACAAUUUUAGCGUUAUAAAACCAAGCGUAGCACAAAAAAUACUAAAAACCAAACAGUAGAGCAGCUGCAACCAUUUUUUAUAUAACAAAAAAAGUGAAAAGAAAACAAGUGAAUAGGAAAAUAUUCACGAAGGAUGCAAACAAAAGUAUAGCAAAGAGGUUUUUCUAGCUAAGUGAGGUGCUAAAGGGCAAAGAAACCGGCUACGUAUUGACAAGGAUUAAUCCGAAUCCUUCUUAUAUAAGACCCUACAAACCCGUGUCCAAACCUACAACUUUUGUGGAUCUUUUGCGUUACAUUAUCAGUUGAACUUAUGUAUAUUUCGUUGCUUCUAUGGAUAGUUGAAGCGAGAGAGCAAGACACAGCACACACACACAAACAUCAGCAUAUAUAAUUUCGAUUCUGGACUAUAUAUUCCGUAUUUGAAUUUGGUUUUGUUUGAUUUCUUUGUUUGCUUUGUACACGAAUUGAAUUUAAUAAUAAGCUUUUGCAUCCAGCCCAUAAAACCAGUCAGACCCAACCAUGCAUAUUUAUACAAAUGAUUUGUGUUUGAUUUCUUUAUAGAGUUUACCUUAGGAAACCCGACCCAACCCUUUUUGAGUUCACUCUCCAAAUAGCAUAAAUUCUUGACCUAAGUUUGAACAAACAUUGAACAGAAUCCAAAAAGAAAAAUAGGAAUUUAUUUUACUUUUAUUAUUAUUACGUCACCUAGCGCUAUGUGUAAUCAGACGUAUGUAUAUUACCAUAUAUAUAUAUAUUUUUUUUAUAAUUAUAGGGUAAAAAAUAUUUUUUGUUUGAACAAAAUUCGCAACAAGAACUCUAGUCAGAAGAUGGAAAACAAGAAUAUUAUUAUAAUGAGGCAGCCGCAUAUAGGGAGGAAAAGUAGAUCAAAACCAAAAGAACUAUGGCAAUUCCUAGCUAAUAAAAUGAUUGAAUGAUUGAUAGAAGCCGCCUGCUCUUCCCUUUCCAAAGAUUUACCCACUUGAAACCUUUAAGCAAAAGAUAAGCAAGGCGAACGGAAAGCGUCAAAGGAGAUUUCCAGAUGAAAAUGCAAUACAUUAUACACAAUCAACUAGUUUAUUUAUAUAACAUACCCACUUAAGAACACACUGUGGGACAGGAGAACAGAAUAAAAUCUUGUGGAAGCCAGGAAUGUACUUGAUUUUGUUUAGUUCGUAUUUCUGUCAUCACAUAUUUUUACACGCAACACAGACACAAUUCUUAAUUUAAUUUAAUUAAUGAAUCCUUAUUUGCAUACAUAUAUAUGUAUACCUAUUUUUUUGUCACUGAUGAUCAAAGUAAUUGUAUUAAUUAUAAUUAUUGUGCAAUAGAUUUAAAAUGCAACUGAAGGCAAAACACAGCAACAAAUUUUCAAGUAUCUCAAAUUAUAAUUUCAUUAGGCGAGGAAAACGAGAAAUGAAAUAUUUGAUCUUAUGUAACAUAAUUGUAUGAUUAUUCUAUACACCGCAAAACAAGAAAGAAAUGCAAGCUCAGCAACAAGAACAAAAAUUUAAGAAAAUAUAUACAACAAUUAUUUUUUAAGCGCAAUUGUAUAUGUAUCACAUGCAUAUACAUAUUAAUAUCUCAUAUUUUUUCUUUACCAAUUUACCUAUUAAGUAAGCAAAGAGCCAAGAAAACAAACGAAAACGAAACAAAAAAGAUUAUUUAUUGUACUUUAUAAUUACGUAAUUUUAUUUAAUUCAAUUUGAAUUAUAUAUUCUCUUGAUUUGAACAAAGCUACAAGAAACAAGAAGAUAAUGAUAUGAUAAAGAAUUAGUCUAAUUAUACACACAACACAAGAACAGAGACCCAAGAAGGUAGAUAGAGAGAGAUAGAGAGAGAGAGAGAGAGAGAUAGAACGAACUACAGAAGUCUAUUAUAAAAUCUAUAACUUCCAAACUCUCUCUCCUCCCAUUCUCCCCUUUUCUUAAUAUGUCUCUUUUUACUCUAAUGUGCGGUUUUUAUAUUUAAUUUUGUACGUUGUAUUAUUUCGUUCUUCAUUUCGAUUUUGUUUUACUAGAAACCUUUUUGUGUUUCAGCUUUAGUUUAAAAUUAUGAUUUUAUGCUAAACCUACUUGAAUUGUCACAGCAACAAUAACACAACGCAGCUAUUUAGUUGAUAUUCUAGCUAUAUACGAUCUGUGCGUAUGUUACUGCAAACUCCUGUGAAUCCUAUCGAAUGAAUAUUUAUAUUUUGAUUAUUAUUAUUUAGUAUGGCCUAUUUUUUUUUUUUUUGGUUUGUGUAUUUUGCUUUUUGUCUAAUUUCGCAACGAACAUGUUUACUCUUAUGAUUUUCUUUGAUUUCCGCACCAAAAAAAGUAAAAAAAAAAACCCAAGAAAAAUUUUCUUUCAAUAAAAAGAAAUCUUGACGACAAUUUUAGCAUCAUUUUUAUUUGUUAUUUUUUGGUUUUGUUUGUUUUUAAAACUGUACGAUUUCCGAUUAACAACCACUUCUUUCCCGAAUCCUAUAUUUAUUUCCCUCUCUGUCUAUCUUUCUCUAUCUCUCUCUCUCUAUUUUAAAAACCUCAAAUCCUCUGACAGUCAGUCACAUGAAGAUGAAGGAAUCGAUCUAGUCAAGGCCCAUCUAACAAGAGGUGCCAUCGGAAUCCGUUGAUCUCAGCUAAAAAGACAUCCCCAGACAUUCCCAGUCGUGUUUGGUUUAGUCCUCGUAACUCCACGAUCUAAGGGGUAUCCCCCGUGUAAAAACAGCCCAAAGACAUGCAUUCCAGUUUUUGUUGCUUGGUGUAGACUCUGCCAGUUGCGAUAUUAUUUGUGUGCAAACAAGAAUACUUUUAAUUUGUGUAAUGCCAUUAUGUUUAGCGCUUAUGAUAAAUGAAUCUCAUAGUUUAGUUUAGCGGAGGAAGUACGGUCACCUCUCCCUUAAUUUAUAUAUUUGUGGGGAUAUAUUGCAACAAUUUCUGUGUAUGAUUUUGUCCCGCAUUUCUGUAUUGCUUAAUUCUGUGUAAUUUUUGUAAUUCUUAGAGCACAGUUUAUCUAUCAUUUCGAUGGGCAGAGAACUGGAGAUGCUU